UGUCAGGCUUCCGUAGUUUGCUUGCUGUUUCCCGUAGGCUUGUGGGAUCCCGGACAAGAUGGCGGCCGUUACCCUCUGCAGGGCGACCGGUGCCCGGGCAAUGUCACGUCCACCGAUCGCCUCUUUCUCUGCGUCUGUCCCUCUGUUGCUGCAGCAGAGGAAGGUCCACCAUGCUGUUAUUCCUCAUGGGAGACCGGGACGCUCUGCCGUCAGUGGAGUGGUGGCCACAGUAUUUGGAGCUACAGGGUUCCUGGGUCGAUAUGUUGUCAACAAACUAGGACGUAUAGGCUCCCAGGUUGUCAUACCUUAUCGCUGUGACCAGUAUGACAUUAUGUAUCUCCGACCUAUGGGAGAUCUCGGACAGUUGACAUUCAUGGAGUGGGACCCAAGAGACAGAGAGUCCACUAAACGGGCCCUCCAGUACUCUGAUGUAGUUAUCAAUCUUGUGGGGAAGGAAUGGGAGACCAGCAACUUCAGUUUUGAAGAUGUGUUCGUGAAUAUCCCAAAAGACAUCGCUUUGUUAGCCCGGGAAGCAGGGGUGGAAAAAUUAGUCCAUGUGUCCCACCUGAACGCAGACAUCAAAAGUCCUUCUAAGUACCUGAGGAACAAGGCAGUGGGAGAAGAAGCAGUGAGAGAAUUGUUUCCGGAAGCCAUCAUAGUGAAGCCCUCCGAAAUAUAUGGUCGGGAGGACAGCUUCCUCAACUACUAUGCAAACAUGCGCUGGUUUGGUGGUGUGCCAUUAAUAUCGUUUGGUCAGAAGACAGUUAAGCAGCCUAUUUAUGUAUCUGAUGUCGCCAAAGCUCUAGUGAAUAUUGCAAAAGAUCCAGACUCCUUUGGAAAGACCUAUGCCUUAGUUGGGCCCCACCGAUAUCUUCUCCAGGACAUGGUAAAAUACAUAUUUGCAGUUGCUCAUAGACCGUUGCUACAAUACCCACUGCCUCGUCCCAUUUAUCAUCUGAUUGCAAAGUUCUUUGAGUUAAAUCCGUUUGACAAAUGGACAACGCGGGACAAAGUGGAUCGAUUCCACAUUACAGACAAGAAGUUCCCUGAUCUCCCCGGCCUAGAAGACCUCGGCAUUGUUCCAACCCCUCUUGAGCAGAAGGCUAUUGAGGUACUGCGCCGUCACCGUAAAUACCGUUGGUUGGACGCCGAAUUAGACGUGGUAAAGCCAGUCACCCCAGUGAACUAUUAACGGCAUUUCAGAGUAUGAACCCAGUCACUUGUUCUUUAUAAAGAUGUGAGAAUUCUGCAUACACAUCCCAUGUACAUAAAUAAACUAUUACAGUUGAUGUA